AUGAGUACUGAUUUCGAUAGAAUAUACUACAAUCAAUCGAAAGUUAGUGGUCGUUUUCGUUUAGGUGAAGGUGGUUUAGGCUGGAAACCUUCAGCUACCGGCGGAUCAGCUGCAAACCAAAACAAUCAACCGGUAUUGUUGACACCAGAUGAGCUUGCUACAGUUCAUUGGAGUAGAGGUUGUAGAGGCUAUGAAUUGAAAAUCAGCACCAAGAAUAAAGGUGUUGUUCAGCUUGAUGGUUUCUCACAAGAAGAUUUCAAUCUGUUAAAAAAUGACUUGCAACGGAGGUUCAGUAUCCAAUUGGAACAUAAAGAGCAUUCCUUGCGUGGUUGGAACUGGGGUACUACAGAUCUAACCAGAAACGAGUUGAUUUUUUCGCUUAAUGGUAAACCUACUUUUGAAAUCCCUUAUUCUCAUAUCAGCAACACGAACUUAACAUCGAAAAAUGAAGUCGCAAUUGAGCUCGAUUUGCAGAAGGACACAUACAAUCCCGCUGGAGAUGAGCUGGUUGAGAUGAGAUUCUAUGUUCCAGGCUCUGUGGUGCAGGAUGAUAAGCAACAGAAGCCGGCUACUGACGAAGAAGACGUGGACAUGGAAAAGGAAGCUAAAGAAGAAAAGACAAUGGCAGAAGCAUUUUACGAGGAGUUGAGAGCCAAGGCUGAUAUUGGAGAGGUGUCUGGUGAUGCUAUUAUAUCCUUCCAAGAUGUCUUCUUUACUACUCCUAGAGGUCGUUACGAUAUUGAUAUAUACAAGCAUUCAAUCAGACUAAGAGGUAAGACUUACGAAUACAAGCUGCAGCACCGUCAAAUACAGCGCAUUUUUUCCUUGCCAAAGGCGGAUGAUAUACACCAUUUGAUGGUGUUAUCGAUAGAGCCUCCCCUACGCCAGGGUCAAACAUCCUACCCUUACUUGGUUUUGCAAUUCCAGAAAGACGAAGAAACCGAGGUGCAGCUAAAUGUUGAAGAAGAAGACUUUGAAAAGUUAUACAAGGACAAACUGAAGAAGCAGUACGAUGCUAAGACGCAUAUUGUCCUAAGUCAUGUGCUUAAGGGUCUAACGGACCGCAGAGUGGUGGUUCCUGGAGAGUACAAGUCUAAAUACGACCAAUGUGCCGUAUCAUGUUCUUUCAAAGCCAACGAAGGCCACCUAUAUCCUCUGAACAAUGCGUUCAUGUUUUUGACUAAGCCAACACUGUAUAUCCCCUUCCAAGAUGUCAAUACCGUCAACAUAUCAAGAGCUGGUCAAGCUACAACAUCUUCAAGGACGUUUGACCUAGAAAUAGUUUUGCGUUCUAACAAGGGAUCGACUACAUUUGCAAACAUUUCUAAAGAAGAGCAACAGCUCUUGGAAAACUUCCUAAAAUCCAAGAACGUUAGAGUCAAGAAUGAAGACAAGGAAGCUCAGGAAAGGCUCCAAACUGCUCUAGGCUCUGAUAGCGAGGACGAGGACGUGAACAUGGGCUCUGCUGGUGAAGAUGAUGAGUCUGUUGACGAAGACUUUCAUGAAGAAUCAGCCGAGGAUGAAGAUGUCGCUGAGGAGUACGACUCGGAGGCCAGUGAUUCUGCCAGUGAAGGUGAAUCGGGCGCCGAAGAUAGACCUCCGAAGAAGCCCAAGCUGGAAUAA